UUUGACUGUCAGUGAUCUGUGUCUGCAUUACGGUCUGUGGGGCUGUGGUAAUACCAGAGAACAUGGAGCAGACGACAGCUGCAGCUGAGAAAUCCGUCCGUCCGUCUCGGAGUCUGAGUCCCGGUGAACAGGAGUACAUCAGCCAGAGGAAACGGAUCGUCCUGGAGUCUCUGAGCAGUCUGGGAAUCAACUGUACUGAAGACUCGGUCCCUCACAUAGCUCUGCUGGGGUCAGGAGGAGGUGAGAGAGCCGCGAUCGGUCUGAUAGGCUCUCUCUAUCAGAUGGAAAAGGACGGCCUGCUGGACCCUCUGCUCUACCUGGGAGGAGUUUCAGGGUCGACGUGGGCCAUGGCGUUUCUGUACAGCGACCCCCAGUGGAGCGUGGGGAUGGACAGAGUCAUGUCUACGCUGUUGGGUCCUGGGGUGGAGCUGGAGGAAGCUCUGGCGUGGCUGAGCAAGCAAGCGGAGGAUGAGAACUUCUCUCUCACUGAUAUUUGGGCGGUGAUGGUCUCUGCUGGAAUCAUGAAGCAGUUGGAUCUGCGGCAUCUUUCUGAGGAGGCCAAAAGGAACGCCACCAACCCGUACCCGGUCUACUGCGCCCUGGAGAAAAACUGCUUCUCACACGGACCAACAGAAGGUCAAUGGUUCGAGCUGACUCCUCAUGAGGCCGGCUUCACAGAGCUCGGUGUCUUCGUCCAAACGUCUCUGCUGGGCAGCAAGUUUAAAAAUGGAGAGCUGCAGGAGGAGAAGCCUGAGAUGGACAUGGUCAAACUCCAAGGUCUUCUUGGUUCUGCUUUGGCUGAUGAGGAGAUGAUUGUAGACUACAUGUCUGACUGGCUGAAAGCGCCCGGUGCCAUAAACUUUGCAGCUGCAGAGUACAAUCAUCGUUACCAAUCCAUUCAGAGACUCAUCGGUCUGACUAGAAACACUGUCAGACACCCAGACUCGCUGGAUGAACUCAACAACCUGCAGAAGCUUCUGGAAGACACUGAUAAGGCUAAUCGUGAGGCGGCCGCUCGGAGCGCUAGCAGGAGUGUGGAGGAUCCGACUUUUUUCCAGCCGAUGAGUGAGUCGCUGCACAGCAAGAUGGAGACGUGGGACGAGGGCCUGCAGGAAGGACGGUUUAAAGUUUGCGUCAUGUCUCUCAUCCAGAAGGUCUUUUCUCUGGUUGUGAAUUGGGAGUGGGGAACCACCAACAACUUCCUCCACCAAUACCAAAACUCCAGCGUUCCACAUUGCCUCCAUCAUAACGAAAGUUUCCACCUGAUUGAUGCCGGUCUCCUGGUUAACGUGCCCUUCCCGUCAUUUCUGGGGGACAGGAGAGACAUCGACCUCCUCAUCGUUCCAGAUUACAGCGCCGGGGAAAUGUUUGAGAGUCUGACUGAUGCCAGAGAUUAUGCAGCCAAGGUGAACCACCCUUUCCCAGAGAUCGAUAAUAAAACCAUUGAGGAGGACAGAGACUUUCCAAAGGGCUGCUACGUGUUUGAAGGGAAGGAGAAGGAGCCCACCAUCGUUUUCCUGCCGCUCUUCAACAGAGACAACUGCAAAGAUGCUGCAGAGGUGAAGGCACAGAUGGAGGAGUUCUCCACCUUCCAGCGUGGAUACAGCCCAGAGAAGAUCAAGUCUCUGUUGGAGAUAGCGAAGGAGAACAUGAGGAACAACAAAGAAACUCUGCUGAGGGAGAUCAACAAGGCCGUUCUCCGCAGAAGAGAGAGGUAGAGAUGAGGAUGAGAGGUUUCUCAGAGAGGAUGAAGACAUGGUUAACAGAAGUCUUCUUUCCUUCUCUCCUACAGGAAGUCUCAGCUGUGAAGAGUCUCCCAGUGUUUGGUUUGGUCAGCGUUUUUCUCCUGCUUAUAAGUCAGGAUGUAGUAACCAUGAAUGAAAAUGUGAAUGGAUGCUCUCAGAGGGACAAACACUCCUGAUAAUAAUAAUGUAGGGCUGGGCAAUUAAUCGCAAAUUAGUUUAAAUCGCAAUAUGGCCUGCUGCAAUUUUCAAAUCGCAGAAGGUGCAAUAUUUCUUUAACCUGAAAUUUUUGUCUAAAUACAAGUUUCGAAGUUUUGUUGCAGCAGAGAUUUUAUGCAAAACAUAUCAUGUAAUCAUUCUAGUGCCAUAUUUUUAGAAUAAUGUCCAAAAAAAUCAAAUUUUCUUCAUUUUUGUAUUUUUUUGCUUGUUUAAUAUGAUAAUUAUAUUAAAAAUGUCAUUCCUUUAAUACAGCAGUUAACAUCAAAUUUGCAAAAUGAGUUAAAAAAAUAAUCACAUUUGGAUGUUUUUAAAAAACUGUUCUGCCUAGUUUAAUUGAAUAUUAUGUUGUUAUAUAAGAAUGAAUUAUUGCUUUUUUUUGUUGUAAAAUGCAUGACUUAAGGAACUUAAGAAUUAAUCGCAUACUAAAUCGCAAUCGCAAUAUUGGGCAAAAAAAUCCCAACAAGAUUUCUUUCACCAAAUCGCUCAGCCCUAUAAUAAUGCAUGAUCAUGUCAUUUAAUCAUGGCUACUGAGUGAGCGUGAUGCAUGAGGACAUUCAGUCAAAUAAAGAUCAGUUAAAGCUCC